CGACGAUGACCCGAGUGAAGCCCAGACCUUCGUCUUGUCAUGGCCAGAUGGCGUAAAGUAACGUGAAUCAGUAUACUCCUUUUAUUUGGAUUAAAAUUGUAGAACGACGAAACGACUGCAAACGACUGCCAUUACCGGAACGGUUUGGUUCGAUUCGGCUGCGAACAGUCCGUUUCUGCUUUUGGUCACGCGGAUACGGAGACGCAGGGAAAAUUUACAACAUGGCGGAGCGCAGGAAAAAUAGAAGGCGCAAGGAUGAUAUACCAAAUCCGGAUGGCGAAGAAGCACCAGAUAAACCAGCUAAGGAAGAGUAUGCAGUUGCUAAAUGGAUUCGCAAUAAUGUUCCUUCGAAGAAGACUAAAUUCUUGAAUCACAAUGUGGAAUACUUUACGGGAUCUCGAGCUGUCGAUGCUCUACUUGAGAAAUCACCCUGGAGCAAGACACAAUUUGAAACUCGUGAACAGAUUACGGACUUCCUAGAUGCAAUGUUAAGGCACAAAUUUUUUCAUAGGGCAAAGAAAGUUGUUGUAUCAGAGAAAGAGUUAAAUAUUAUUCGUGGAGCUAAAAAGAAGGGCAAGGAUAACAAAGAGGAGAAAAAGUCUGUGGAUAAAGAGAAAGAAAAAGAUAAAGAGGACACAAAAGAAAGCAAGGAAUCUGGGGAUGGUACCAAGGAAGGGGAUGAUAAACAGGAUGAACGGAAAGAACAGAAAAAGAAGCCGAAGAUACGUCUUGAGAUGCACCUGGAUCAAUACUUUGCUGAUUGCAAUGAUGCAUAUGUUUGGAUAUACGAACCGAUACCAGCAUAUUACUGGCUCUUUGGUACACUGGUUGUUCUUGGUGCUAUCGGUGUCUGUCUAUUCCCAUUGUGGCCUCCGUCCAUUCGUCAAGGAGUUUACUACCUGAGUGUCGCAGCAGCUGGUUUCCUGGUAUUCAUCCUAGUGCUAGCUGUCGUCAGACUCAUAGUUUUUUCUUUCCUCUGGGUAAUAACCCUUGGAAGACAUCACCUCUGGUUCUUACCGAAUCUAGCCGAAGACGUUGGAUUCUUCGCAUCAUUCUGGCCCCUUUAUCACUACGAGUAUUGCGGUCCAACGACCGCAGGUGACAAAAAAUUAAAUAAGAAGAAGAAACGCAAGAAAGACAAAGAUUCAGACGCUGAGGAUACACCUCUGUUACGAUCAGAGGAAACAUCGACGACCACGGAAGCAGCCGAUUCAGUUGGCGCUGAAGAUACGAGGAAAAUUGAAAUUGUCAGUGGCAAAGAGGGUGGAUCUCAGGAAGAUGAAAAAUGCCGAGCAACCGAGUCAGCCGAAGGAGAAGAUGUCAGCGAGGAAGGUUCCGAAAGCGAGAAGUCAAAUACAAGUCGUGACUUUGAAAUGGUACAGCAUACCGAGCUGGAGGAUAAGUAGAAUGACAAAACCUUCAAUGAAUAUUCAAUAUGCUGUCGUCCAAUGGUUUGUUCGUUAUUGGACCUGCACCAUUUGCAUUUUAUCAUAAAAAUAUCGAUCGCUCCGAUAUCAUUAUUAAAACUAUAACUUCUUGAAUGAACGUCAUCACAAGAAUCCAGGUGAUUCUUAAAGACGUGGUGGAGGAUGUGCUACGGGAUUAUAGGAAGAUUCGACAUUUUGGCAGGAUGUUACGAGUUCGCUGGAAAAAUAAUAGACAAACAAAUAGACUCGGCGCUGAUCUAUGGGGAAACGUGGCCGGUUAAUAGCUGAGCUGUGUCUUCUGCAUUUAGAAUUUCAUCGAUGGACUAACAUGGGCUGAAAAGAAUCGCGAAGUUGGAUGGAAUCGAAUUUUACGUUUAUCGUUAUCUGAAAAUUCGAUAACCGUUACAUUCAUACAAUUUCGUCCUCCUUGUGAAUCAAUAAAUAAUAGACAUAUAAAUAAACAACGGGGAUACGAUUCGUCAGAGAGAUUCGUGUGCUAAAAAUUUAAUACAAAAGAUUAUAAUUUA